GGGCCGCAUGAACAAAAGUGCAGCCACUUUCUGGCCACCAAAUUAUAUUGGAAGUGAAUUGAUAAUUAUCAAUUAAAAGUAAAUAAUUUGAUAAAUGACAAAUUUAUUGGAGAAUGUAACAUAUUAUGAACAAUCCUCGGUUAACAUCAAUUCUCAAUCAUCCUUUGCUUUUCCUAGAAGAAAGACAAUUCGGAAAAUUACAACCAAAAAUUCCAGGAAAACAGCACCUGUUAAAGAGAAAAGGAAUCCCUUGUUGUAUAUCCAAAAGGUAUCCUUUUCUCUCUGUUUGUUCACACAACUUUACAUUUUAUAUAAGGAGCUUGUUAUUUCUUCUUCCUCAAAUCUCAAAUACGUUUCUUAAAAGCAAAAUCAAUCCCAUUUUGCAUAGCAAAAACAUGUCUCAAAGCCAUCGUCCGGGCGUUACAGUCAAUGGAAUCCGAAGGAUGAGAACCUACCAUUACAUCUGGUGUUUCCAUUGCCAACGCACCAUAAGGUUUUCCAAUUCAAACCUGUUUCAAACUUAUUGUCCACAUUGUUUUCGUGAACUUAGUCACGAGCUGGAUUUCUCACGGCCUAGGCUUAGAGCUGAUCUCUCUGGCCUUGAACCCUACCAAAAUGCUACCCGUUUAUUGGAUACCUUGGCUGCUGCUCUUGACCCCCCAACUAGGCGGCAAAACACUAAUUUUGGUAGAAGAACUCGUUGGGAAUCAGGGCCUGAAAAUGGACCUUGGAUCACUCUCAAUUUUGUUGAACCACUUCACCGGCAGCCUGGUCCUAUUAUUGCACCACAAGAAAAUAUUGUUCCUCCUCGACAGAAUAAUACAGGCAACGACAUGGAGGGUUUCACUGAAGACUUAACAGAGAAUGACAGGCCAGGGCCUCCUCCAGCAGCUGCUUCAGCCAUUGAAGCAUUGCCAAUGGUGAAAAUCGCGGAAGAUCAUCUAGUCAACAGCACGCAUUGCCCUGUUUGCAAGGAUGAGUUCGUGGUUGGUGGAGAAGCAAGAGAGUUACCAUGCAAGCAUUUGUAUCACUCUGAUUGCAUCGUGCCUUGGUUGAGCAUUAACAACACCUGUCCUGUUUGUCGUUAUGAGAUUAAUGGUGAUUCUAACGCUGCUGAUGACUAUGAAAUUGGUGAGAUCAAUGUUGGGGACAUUGGUUUUGGUGUUGAAGAUCUGGCAAAUGGCGUCACUUGGUUGCGGACUCAGUUCCUCUCUUCAAGGCCUUUUCGUGCAUUCUCUCAUUGGACCGGCAGAUAUCUUGAUUUUCUUGAUAGAAGGAUCAAUGGAACUAAUUACUCUCGCGAGGGUAUAAUCUACUGCCAGGGCUUAAUCUUCUGCUUGUUCAUGAUUUAUAACUUUAUAUUACUAACAUUUCCAAGUAAUUAAAGCAUAUUUAUCUAGCAAUUGUGUAACACAGCAGCUAUGUUUUCCCCCACAGCUAGCUCCUGGUGGCCGUUUUGGUCGAUUCUAUAGCUUCUGUCUAUAUAUCACACCUCUGCAUCAGAAAGCGGUUUGUGCAAAUUUUGAUAAUAUUUUCAAUCCUUUCGAAAGCAGGUAUGUAUAUAUAUGUCUGACCCUACAUUACACUAAAUUUCAAGACAAAACAUUGAUGAUGACAAGAUGUUGGAAUCUUAACACUUAACAGGUAUAUUCUACUUUCCUUUUAUCUUCUGUUCUACAAAAAUGCACCAAUUCACUUCAUCAAAAAAAUCAUAAAAUUUUAUUGCAAGUAAAAUUGUUUCAAGAUUUUGUUAUUGGUUUGGUAGCAAAUUUUCUUAAUUGGGUUUUUACGUAUCUGCAGUUUCUUAUCAGCAACAUAUAUAUGCUUUGAGCUCAAAAUGUUCAGGUCGAUGGUUUAGUCAUAGAAAUGAAUGUAUAGAUGCUUAUUCUCUUUAUCUAGUUCUUGCAGGAAAGAAGAUUCAUGUAAAUUUUGAUGGAAUUCCCUCUCCUGGUUUAUCAUUGUAUA